AUGAGCGAUCGAUGGUACGAGUACCAAGUAGGAGAUUGCCAGCGCGGCCGUUGGUCUCGAUGGUACAAAUGUACGCACUGCACGGCAAGGCAAAUGGGCGACACAUGCCGCUUCGUCAAUCUCAGGAUCUUCCCGCUGCGCAGCCUGGACGGUAAGCUCAUAGUAGCAGACCCAGAGGACGAUGAUGCGCUGGAUUAUGCCCCUUUCUUCGGAAACGAGCUGCCUCGGAAGGUCACGUUCGACUACCCGCGAGCCAAGUCGCUGUUUCCUCCGGCGAGCGCGGCAAGCAUCAGCGACAUCAAAAGCACAGUCGCCAUUUCUCUGCAUCAGACUAUGAAGAUGGAGCUGGACCACGCUGCUAGACCCGAGACAUUGUGGCGCAAUCCCGAGCUCGUGAUACGGCCUCAGUGCGACUUCUGCUUGACUUCGCUCUUCUCUGCUUCGUACUGCUGUCGAUGUUGCGGAAAGGAGUACUGCCUCGAAUGCACUGAAGCAUUGAAGGCGAAGGAGGCUACUCCCGGCAAGUGGAACCAAGUCGCGUCUGUCGAGAAAUGUCGCCUUCAAAGAGUGCAUACCUUUAGCGAAUUGUGGCCUUUGACGAGGUUCAGGGUCGAAGAGCUUCAAGACGAGGUCAGAGAGAUGGAGAGGGUGCAGCGGGGCGGUCUUACUUCAGGUUUCACACUGUCCGAGACUGAAAGUCGACUGCCAGAGCACUCUGUGCAGCUUGAAGAGCCCCAGGAGAAUGCGGACCCAGCAGUGCCAUCAGAUUCUGUGCCUCUGGAAGAACGGACUCGACAAUGGUACAAGAGUCUCGAUGGCCCGACUGUGGAUGCAGCCAUUGGCUCGCAUCGAUUGCAGGAGUUCCAUGCAGGACAUGACGAAACAGCUUUCCGGAAACUGUGGGCCAGAGGCGAACCAGUGAUCGUCCAUGAUUGCAUCCGCGAUUCCCAGGAAGGCGAGGAAGACGAGCGGGGGGAGUGGGGUCCCCAGAGCUUCUGUACCUCACGAUGGCAGGAAGAGCCCUGCAGAAUCACUCGCUGCGACGCAGAUAACGCACAUCAGGACGUGUAUGUCUCCGACUUCUUCUCUACCUUUGGCAAGUCUCCCGAAGAGAAGCUGGCGAAGCUUGGCAAAGGGGUCUGGAAGCUGAAAGACUGGCCGCCGAGCUCGGCUUUCGAUGAUGCUUUUCCCGACCUCUACAAGCACUUCAACAGGGCCCUACCUGUUCCUGCUUUCACUCGUCGUGAUGGACGGAUGAACAUUUCCGCCCUGUUCCCCACUAAUGCCAAUGCUCCUGAUCUGGGACCCAAGAUGUAUAACGCCUGGCCCUCCACAGAAGAUCAGGUCGGCAUGGGAUCCACCCGACUUCACAUGGAUAUCGCCGACGCUGUAAACAUCAUGUACUAUGCCGCUAAGCCGCUCAACGCAGAGGAGCUUCCAUUGGCCCACCGUGAUGGCGUUGCUGCUUGGGAUAUCUUCCCUGCUGGCGACUCGAACAAGAUUCGCGAUUACCUUCGAGAGACAAGAAAGGUGGAGGAGCACGAAGAUCCGAUCCAUUCGCAAAAGUACUUCCUCGAUGCUGGUGAUCGUCAGAAAUUGUGGGACACCAAGGGCGUGCGCAGUUGGCGGAUAUACCAGAAGGCCCAUGACGCCAUCUUUAUCCCUGCUGGAUGCGCACAUCAGGUCUGCAAUCUUACGGACUGCAUGAAGAUAGCCGUCGACUUUGUCUCUCCGGAAAAUGUGGCGAGGUGUUUCCGUCUCACGGCUGAGUUCAGAGCAUUGAGCAACAACAAGGUUCGCAGCUGGAAGGAAGACGUGCUACAGCUCAAGUCGAUGCUCUGGCAUGCCUGGAGAGCCUGUCGAGAAAUGGAA